AUGACAACAGAGAAAUAUAUGACAAAGACGAACAACAAUCUCGAUAGUAGUAAUGCUGAGAAAGGGAUCUCUCGAGCCGAUACGGGAGCGACAGCUACAUCCCAAUCACUACCGUUCAAACCUCAUACAGCUCCAUCACAAAAAGUCCUAGAUGCCCUUGGAGCGAAUGCCAACAAAGGUUUAUCGGAAUCUGAUGUACAGAAGAGAUUAGAACAACAUGGACCAAACAGGUUGAAACCACCCAAGAAGCCCAGUAUUUUCAAUAUCGUACUUCGACAGAUCGGGAAUGCCAUGACGGUCAUUUUGAUCGCUGCGAUGGCGGUCUCAUUUGGUACAAUGGAUUGGAUCAGUGGUGGUGUUAUUGGUGCUUUAGUCGUAUUGAAUGUCACCGUAGGAACAUACACGGAAUGGCAAGCUGAAAAGACGGUAGCAAAUCUUGAAUCGGUUGGUGCACCCCAAGCUACUGUUGUCCGAUCUUCAGAUGGCCGAGAGAGUACAACCAAGGUGAUCGCCGUUGAAGAAGUGGUUCCCGGUGAUUUGGUUCUGCUCAAGAAUGGUGAUAUCGUUCCUGCCGAUGGUCGAGUACUUGAAGGUCAUUGUAGUAAUUUGGAAUGUGAUGAAGCUUUCUUGACGGGUGAAUCUCUGCCUGUGGCUAAACAAUCGGAUCCUGUCGACGAAGAGGAUUGUCCCGUUGGUGAUCGGCUCAGUAUGGUCUUCUCUGGUGCCCAAGUCACAAAAGGAAGAGCCCGAGUAGUUAUCACCACGACGGGUAUGAAUACCGAAAUUGGCAAAAUCGCUCAAGCCCUCGAAUCAAAGGCCAAGAAGACCGAUACCGGAUUUGCAGCUUACUGGUAUAAAUUCAAAGUCAUUAUGGGUGUCGCCGAGACCACGCCAUUGCAAAUCAAACUGAAUAAACUCGCUUAUUUCCUCCUCGGAUGUGCAAUCCUCAUCGCUAUCAUCGUCGUCGCUUCAACCGGAUUCAAAAAUGUCCCCCUAUCUGUCGCCACAUACGCUGUAGCUGCUGCUGUAUCAAUUUUACCUGCUUCUCUGAUCGCUGUAGUCAGUCUGACGCUAGCUCGGGCAUCGACCGAUCUUGCUAACCGAAACGCACUGGUGAGGCGAAUGGAUGCGAUCGAAGCUUUGGCUGGCGUGGAAAACGUCUGUUCUGACAAAACCGGUACACUUACUGUUGGCCGAAUGGUCGUUCGAAAAUUCUGGGUUCCCGCACUUGAUCCACGAGCCAACGAAUCUGCACCAAUCAAUACUCGACGAGGCCAAGCCUACUCGUUCGAAACUGGUUCUGACCCCUUCUAUCCUCGAGGCGAAAUUCGAUCCGACCGCGAAGAGAUUUCACCCGGUGGCGCAGUCCUUGACCUGAAGCGAAAACCCCAAAAACAGCUUUCCGGAGACUCUACACCUGAAAACGAUCCUGACAGUCAAGAACUCGAUUUGCAAGAACAAGUCAUCCUGGUGGACGAACUGGAAUUAGGGCUCAAAAAUUUAGCCCUUUGCGCGUCACUGUGCAAUCAAGCUACUCUAUCUCGACCAGCGGACAACGAGAGUAAUUGGGAAGCCAACGGAGAUCCAACGGAAAUCGCUUUACAAGUUGCAGCUCAUAAAUUAGGGCAUGGUAAACCUUUCUUAACCCAUUCUAGACCCCAUCCUCAGCGAGCCGAAUCAGUCCGAUCGGGACAUAGUGGUCGACCUCCCAUCGCAGGCUCAAGAGGACACUACGAGCAAAUCAUCGAACACCCUUUCGAUUCUACCGUCAAACGAAUGUCAAUCGCCUACCGAUUCGUUCCGGAUGAUAAUAAGGAAGCUCACGUACAAUGCUUCCUUAAAGGUGCCGUUGAGCGAGUAUUUGAGCUUUGUACUACGGUACACGGUGAACCUUUGACAGACGAACGAAAGAAAGAUAUCAUGGUUAAAGUCGAUGCUUUGGCUGCCCAAGGUCUUAGAGUCUUAGCAUUGUGCGGUAGAAGAUUACCAUCCGGAUCUGCCGAUGAAGUCAAAGCGAUGCCUAGAGACCAAUUCGAAAAUGAUUUCGCCUUCUUAGGUUUGGCUGGUAUCUUCGAUCCCCCAAGAAAGGAAUCUCCAGGUGCCGUUGCGGAUUGCCUUCGGGCUGGUAUCACACCGAGAAUGUUGACAGGUGAUCAUCCUGCUACUGCUACUGCCAUUGCACUCAACAUUGGGAUUUUGGAAAAGGCUUACUCCAAGGAAGCCGUAAUGACCGGUCAACAGUUCGAUGCGCUAAGCGACGAAGAGGUCGACAAAUUGCCUGAACUACCUUUGGUCGUCGCUAGAUGUGCUCCGGAGACUAAGGUCCGAAUGGUAGAUGCUAUUCACCGAAGAGGCCAGAAGACUGUAAUGACCGGAGACGGAGUGAACGAUUCUCCCGCGUUGAAACGGGCAGACGUUGGCGUGGGAAUGGGAACCGGAUCGGACGUCGCCAAACAAUCCUCAAGAAUCGUUCUGAGUGAUGAUAAUUUCAGUACAAUCAUUCGAGCUAUCCGAAAAGGACGAUCAGUCUUCAAAAACUUGGCUAAAUUCUUGCUUUAUCUCUUAACUGGUAACGUGUCCGAAAUAAUCGUACUCUUGAUCGGCUUGGCAUUCAAAGAUGAGAACGGGCAAUCUGUAUUCCCCCUCUCUGCCGUUGCUGCAUUAUGGAUCAACACACUUGCAGCUGGACCACCAGCUUUGGCACUUGGGCUGGAACCUACUGCUGCGGAUGCGAUGGAUCAACCGCCUACGUCUUUCCAUCAAAUUUUCACUCUUGAAUUCUACGUUGAUCUAGUGUUCUAUGGAGUUUUGAUGGGCUCUUUGGCUUUGGUCAAUUUCGUGAUUGUCCUUUGGGGUUACUUCCCAGGAGACCUGGGUAGAUAUUGUAAUGAAGGUGAUUCUGAAAUCUGCGAUCCUGUGUUUCAAGCCCGAGCGACAUGUUUCUCAACUUUGGUCAUCAUCUUGAUGAUUCACGGAUUGGAAUGCAAACAUUUCAGUAAAAGUAUCAUGCAAGUUGACUUGAAAGAUAACAAGGUCUUGCUCUGGUCUGUAUUCGUUCUGGCCCUCGGUACAUUCCCCGUGGUCUACAUCCCAGUGAUCAACAAUAAAGUAUUUUUACACGGCGCUUUGAAAUGGGAAUGGGGUAUUGUUUUCGGAAUGAUCUUCGUCUAUUUAGGAUGUACAGAGUUUUACAAAUGGUGUAAGAGGAUUUACUUCAGGAGAACCCAAGUCCCCGCACCCUCUAGAGGGCCAUCCGAUAAGACUUUAAAGAUGGAGACCACCAUUGCUCCUGUUUAG